AUGGGAAUUCAAGAGUUCCUGCAAAAACUCUCAGGACUGCUGCUCCUGCUCCUGUGUGCCCUGCCCUGGGCUGAAGGUGAGAAAGUGCUGGUGUUCCCCAUAGAGGGCAGCCACUGGCUGAGCAUGAGGGAUGUUGUAAGGGAGCUCCACUCCCGAGGUCACCAGACUGUGGUCCUGGCUCCAGAGGUGACCGUGUACAUCAAAGAAGAGGACUUCUUCACCCUCAAAACCUACACCGUUCCUUAUACCAAGGAAGAGUACAGGCACCAAUUGCUGGGCCACCUUCAAAAAGUAUUUGAAACUGAAUUUUCUCUGAAGUUUAUUUUACAGAAUAUGGCAAGUGUAAAUAAUAUAUCAGCAUUCUAUACUAGAUCUUGCAUGGGUCUGCUGUACAACGCAGCUCUGAUCCAGCACCUGAACUCCAGUUCCUUUGAUGUGGUGUUAACAGAUCCCUUUUUCCCUUGUGGGGCAGUGCUGGCCAUGCACCUGCGCAUUCCUGCUGUGUUUUUCCUGCAAUCGAUGCUCUGCGAACUGGAAUUUGAGGCAACAAGCAGUCCAAACCCCUCUUCUUAUGUUCCCAGGUUACUAACCAGGAAUUCUGACUACAUGAGCUUCCUAGAGAGAGUGAAGAACAUGGUUUACCCUUUGCCAUGGAUGUAUUUUUGCCAUGUUAAUUAUGGUCCUUUGGAGAGACUGGCCUCUGAGUUUUUGCAGAGGGAGGUAUCUUUGGUGGAGGUUCUCAGACAUACAUCCGUGUGGCUACUGAGAAAGGACUUUGUGUUCCACUACCCCAGGCCCUUCAUGCCCAACAUGGUCUUCAUUGGGGGCAUAAACUGUGCCAACAGGAAGCCACUCACUCAGGUGUGUGUUCAGUCUUUAUUCAAAUGAGUUUGCGGCAAAAUUGUGUUAAAAGAACAAACAAACAAAAGAAAAAGUACUCUGAAUUGCUCAGUUACCCAUUCACUUUUCUGGGGAUUUCUCUCUCUCUCUCUCUCUCUCUCUCUCUCUCUCUCAAAAUUCUUCUAAUUGUCUGUGGUGAGUUAAAUUCUUAAGGCAUUCAGAGUUGCCACUUCAGGUUGUUAGUGGUCACUGACAGUGACCACUCCCAGUGGUACUGGGAGGCAGUACUCAAGGUCUCUAAUAGGACUGAAGAGAGUUGGAUGGUGGAACUCCACUGAGUCUGCCCACUAGCAGACUGUGUCUUCCUGGAGAUGAGAUUUCCUGAAUCAGAGGAGGACCAGAGAUACCCAUCACAAGGUGUGUUCUUCUCAGACAGAGAAUCUAGCAAGUGGCAGUUGUUGACAUGAUAAUCUUCAAUGGUGCUCUGUGGGAAGGGGUGGUGUGUGCUCACAAGAGACCUGGUCAUUUAGUCAAUAUGGAAGCAAUCUCAUGGUUCUUUUCCUUUUAUAGCCUGCCUA